ACAGUCACAAUUUGCAGCCAUGGAGAAAAAGCUUUAUUGCAUUUUGCCUUAUGCAUUCCUAAUUACCAUAACCUUCCCAAUGCUUUCUUCUGAAGCCAAACAACCUUUGAGCCUUGCAACUGAUCAAACUGCCCUUCUUUCACUCAAACAACACAUCACCUCCGACCCUUCUCUUUUACUUGCAACUAAUUGGACCAACUCCACCUCCGUCUGCACCUGGAUUGGCGUCACUUGCAGCUUCCGCCACCACAGAGUAGCUGCCUUGAAUCUCUCCAACAUGGCUCUCUCCGCCACCAUUCCACCGCAGCUCGGACACCUCUCCUUCCUCGUCUCCCUCGACCUCUCCAACAACCUUUUCCAUGGAGAUUUGCCUCAAGAGCUGUCUCUCCUUCGCCGUUUGAAGUUCAUAUCUUUCCGACUCAACAACUUCACCGGAGACAUCCCUCCGAUGUUGGGUCAGUUACCAAAAUUAGAGUACUUGAAUUUACGCAACAACAGCUUCAUAGGUUCCAUCCCGAAAUCGCUCUCAAACCUCACAAACCUACGAUUUCUUGACUUAACACACAAUUCUCUAAGUGGAGAAAUUCCAAAAGAGUUUGGGAGACUUCAAAGUCUACAAACUCUAGUUGUUCAAUUCAAUCAUCUCUCCGGUGCUAUACCAUCAGCCAUAUUCAACAUCUCGACCCUUGUAGCUAUAGCAUUGAGAGACAAUGAAUUGAGUGGAAGUCUUCCAACAGACAUGUGCAGUAAUCUUCCAUUUCUUGCUGGGAUUUAUCUUUCUAAAAAUCGGCUGAGUGGCGCGAUUCCCUCAAAUCUAUCCCAAUGUUCACGGCUUGAGGUGUUGAGCCUCUCUUACAACUCUUUUAGUGGGGAGAUACCUUCAGAAAUCGGCUACUUAUCAUCUCUUCAGCAUUUAUCUCUUGGUGGUAACAAUUUGAAUGGAAUACUACCACAUGAGAUUGGCCAUCUUCAGAGUCUGGUUACUUUUGGUGCUGAACGGAAUGAGAUUGCGGGCUCAAUUGACUUAAAUAUUUUCAUGAAUAUGUCUGCUCUGCAAACCAUAUAUCUAGGGCGCAACAAAUUCACAGGGAACCUUUCAAGGGAUGUCGGGAAUAUUACCAUGCUAACAGAGUUAUACCUCUCGGACAACCAUUUUACAGGGCUUAUUCCCACUGCAUUUGGCCAACUUUACCAUUUGGAGACAUUAUUAUUAGAUUCGAACAGCUUGAGUGGUUCGAUUCCACAUGAGCUCUUUAACAUUUCAACUCUUCGGAGUCUUGGACUUACCGACAAUGCUCUGUCAGGGGUUCUUCCAACCCGUUUAUGCCAUGCCUCUCCCUUUCUUGAAAGAUUGUUUCUUAGCAGUAGUUCUAUCACCGGAGCAAUACCCAACUCCAUCUCUAACUGUUCUCGACUCACAAUUCUCUCACUUGCUGAAAACAAAUUGAGUGGUUAUAUACCUACUCAUCUCUGCAAACUAAGACUUCUUCAAAGUCUUGAACUGUUCAGCAACAAUCUUACCCAGGCACCAUCUUCUUCCUUCAUUACUUCAUUGACAAAUUGCAAGUCUCUAACUUAUUUGGAUAUUUCUAAUAAUCCUCUAAAUGGUGUCAUUCCUGCUUCUGUCGGGAACUUAUCUUCCUUACUCGAAAGUUUCUAUGCCUACAACUGCAAAUUCAGUGGCAACAUUCAUGUUGAAAUAGGCAAUCUAAGCAAUUUGAUGACAUUGGCGUUGUCGGCAAAUGAGUUAUCUGGUAAUAUUCCACCAACUAUUAGACAUUUGCAUGAACUUCAAGGAUUAGAUUUGUCUGCUAACAGGUUGGGAGGCUCAAUACCACAUGCUAUAUGUGAUCUAUUCAGCCUCAAUACUUUAGUUAUGAGCCAGAAUCAAUUUUCAGGCCCAAUUCCUAAAUGUCUGGGAAAUGUCUCUUCUUUAAGAAAUCUUUAUCUAGACUCCAACAUGUUGAAUUCAAGCAUACCAUCAAACUUAUGGGACCUAAAUGAUUUGAUCAAUCUUGACUUGUCCUCAAAUUCAUUAAAUGGGUCACUACCUCUAGAGAUGAGUAACUUAGGAGCAGCGAUCUAUAUAAACCUAUCGAUUAAUCAGUUGUCAAAGUCUAUUCCUAGCACUAUUGGGAAGUUGCAGAAUUUGGUUGAUCUGUCUUUGGCAAAUAAUAGACUAGAAGGUUCUAUUCCUGUGUCUAUGGGAAGCAUGAUCAGUUUGGAAAAUCUCGACUUGUCGUACAACAACCUCUCUGGUUCAAUCCCAAAGUCUUUAGAAGCACUUCAACACCUCGACUACUUUAAUGUCUCUUUCAAUAGUUUAAGUGGAGAAAUUCCUAAUGGAGGUUCUUUUAGAAACUUCACUAUGGAUUCUUUUAAGGGUAAUGAGGCAUUGUGUGGAAUCCCCAAGUUCCAUAUCCAAAUUUGCCCUUCAAUUUCUAAUCACACAUCAAAGAGAAAGAAGGUGGAACGAGCUUUAUUUAUUGUUUUCGGGGUUGUGGCUUUCAUCUCAGUACUUUCUUUGGCCUUUAUAAUUGUCAGAAACAAAAGGAAAGAUAAGAUGACUAGAGAAGUUGAUGAGUCGAUAUUCAUUGUGCCGGAAAGAAUCUCUUAUUAUGCACUGCUGCAAGCAACAAAAAGAUUCGAUGAAAGCAAUUUACUUGGCACUGGGAGUUCUUGCUCUGUUUAUAAAGGAAUUCUUAACAAUGGGAAGGAUAUCGUUGUCAAGGUGUUUAAUAUGCAACUAGAAGGUAUUUCAAGAAUAUUCGAUAUCGAAUGUGAGAUACUACGUAGCAUUCGACACAGGAAUCUGACAAGCGUCAUAAGCAGUUGCUCCAAUGAAGAGUUCAAGGCAUUAGUACUUGAAUAUAUGCCAAAGGGAAACCUUGAAAAAUGGUUAUAUUCCCACAACUAUUGCUUGAAUAUGACGGAAAGAUUGAAUAUAAUGAUUGAUGUUGCAUCUGCUUUGGAGUAUCUUCACCACGGUUAUUCAAUGCCCAUUGUCCACAGCGACUUGAAGCCUAGUAAUGUGCUGUUAGAUGAAGACAUGGUUGCCCAUGUAAGCGACUUUGGGAUAGCAAAGUUGUUAUGCGAUGGAGAUAGCUUUGCGUUAACCAACACGCUAGCAACAUUGGGUUACAUCGCUCCAGAGUAUGGCUUGGAAGGGCUAGUUUCAACAAGGUGUGAUGUGUAUAGCUACGGGGUGAUGUUGAUUGAAACUUUUACGAGAAAAAGGCCUAGUGAUGAUAUGUUUUGCGGAGAUAUGAGCUUAAAGAGAUGGGUAGAACUCUCUCUUUCGAAGAACCCACAUGAAGUGAUAGAUGCCAACUUAGUCAUGAAUUUGGAGGAAAAAAUGAUUGACAAGAAUAUGCAGUGUGUAUUAUCCAUACUUGAAAUGGCUCUUAAAUGCUCUGCGGACUCUCCCGGGGAUAGAAUCAACAUGAAACAAGCACAUGCAGAGUUGCUGAAAAUCAAACGUCAAUUUUCCCAAUGAGAUUCAAGUAAGCUAUUUCAAAGUUCUAUGUUAUUUCUAAAAGGAUAUCAUAUCCCAAAUUUUCUAUCGCAAAGUUAGCUAAUGAUGUCUUCUUCAUUUGGUGGCUUUGAUGAGGCACGUAGUGUUGAUGAUUUUGAAGAGGCAGUAAUUUGGCUCUAGAUAGUGGUGAGGUGGAUGACAUAAAGAAUGGAAAAUUUGGCUUGGUCAAUUUGUUGGUUUUUCCUAUCGUUGUUAAUUCGUUCUUCUUGUUUCUUCUUUUUUCCUUUACCGGUGUUUUUCCCAUAUGGUUUUCGCUAGAAAGGUUUGCUAGGUUCUCUUUUUCGUUUUUAUCCUUUUAUAUAAUUUCUAUUUCAACAACUGAUACUCAAGGUUUUUCUAUCCCUCUUUCCUCCUUAUUUUAUGUUCUUGAGUUUACAUAUAAUCUUCUUUGUCACAGCUUUAAAUGCAAAAUCUUUCUGAAAAACGCCUCUGCCUCACCAUUCUCACCAACUAAAACAACCCCUCUCAAAAGAGUUCUGAAAAUUUUGAUAUUCCGCUCGCAGUCGAACUUGAUCAAGCUGCCCAGAAGCGCAAACCCGAUCUUCAUAAGGCAUAGAAGGUAGCAGCAAUUUAUUGUGAUACUCAUCGAGCACAAAUUCAAUUCGACGUCCCAUUGGCGCAUUCCGUCGAACAUGUAGAGGGAAACUCGAUAUAUCCCCCCAAUUUUACCGUGUAACUCAACUUUUCUGGAAUAUUAAAUACUAUUAUCGAAUAAGGCACUGAAAACAGUUGCUAUGUGGAUUUUUUUUUGUAUGUUGGUAUCGUGGUCAUGUUAUUCUUUGUUUUUAUUUGGGAGAUUAUUGUUUACAUGUUGUUGUGUGUAAAUUAUUAACUCGUUGCAUUAUUUAUUUAGAAUAUUUAGCAUAAACAGAUGAAAUAUAAAAAAUGGUUUAUGCAUGUGUGAAUUCUGUGGCUUAUGUUUGACUAUUCAACUAAUUUUUUGUUUAGUGGGAUGUGUCUUAUUAAUUUGCUUGUGUUGCAUAUGAGUUUUUUCUUUGUUUUUAUUGAUUUUAAUAUUCAAAACAUAUUAGUGAUAGUCUUGACCUAAUGUAAUGUUUUGUUUGGAUCAUAGCUAAAAUAAGAGACCUUUUAUAUUUUUAAUUAAUUUAUUUCACUUUUUUUUUAGAAAAAAAAUGGAGGUUGCUGUGCUACCCAUAAUCACAAUUAGAGAAUAAAAUCUGGAUUACUAUAAUUUAACAAACUUUGCGCCUCCAAUACUGUCAGCCUUAAUGCAACCAACCCCACUGCCGUCAACCAUACACUCUUGUUUAUAAAAUAAUUUAUAGGUUAUAAAUAAAUAUUUAUUCUUGUUUUCUCUCGUUGAAUCAAUAGGCAUGCUUUUAUCAUACAUUAAGCUUACAUAUGUAUUUUUUUUUUGAAAGCGGCACAACAUUUGUAUUAAUUAUAGGGGAUUGCUUUAUCGCCAAGUUGAAUUCCAAGUUGGGGAUAAGGUGUUGGUCAAAUUACAACCUUAUCGCCAAACUUCAGUAGCUGGUCGAAGUUCUCCUAAGUUGGCGCUUUGAUACUAUGGUCCAUUCACGAUCAUAGAGAAGAUUGGGGUUGUAGCUUACCGUUUGGAGUUGCCGCCUACUAGCCGCAUUCACCCCGUCUUCCACAUCUCUACCUUGAAACCUUUUAAGGGAGAUGGUACUGAGUUGAUUUUCCAGUUGCCUCCAGAUUCGGUGCAAGCUCAACCAGUAAUUACCCCAAUCGCAGUCUGCUCAUCGCGCCACAUACUCUCUCAUGGCAAGGUGCGACACCAAGUGCUGGUUCAGUGGUCCGGCGAACCACCUGAGAGCUCGACGUGGGAGGAUUUUGAAGAUUUCAAGCGAGAUUUUCCCCAGUUUCACCUUGAUGACAAGGUGGUUCCAGAAGUGGUGGGGAAUGAUACACCUGACAACACUACCAGCCCAAGCCCCACCAAGGAAGACGAAGGCCCACGUUGCACCAAGCCCACUCGAGUAACCAAACUCCCCAUCAAGCUCAAGGAUUACAUUUUAGGAUGAAAAUACCUACCGGUCCCCUCCUCCCUCUGAAAGUUGUUGUUAUGGCAGGUCUAGCUGUCGUUUGUUUUUAGCUUAACCGAAGGCCUGUGUGCCAUUUAAUGUCUCUACUCUAGUUUGCUUUCUCAUUGAAUGAAAAACUCAGUUGUUGUUCUGAAA